AUGACGGACGACAAGCAUUACGACGCAACGCAUGAGGGAGAUGUCAUCGUAGAUGCAUUGUUGUGGGGUCGAGAAGGGCUUACAGUCAGUCUGGGCCGGGCUGUUCAACGCUGGGCGAUCAGCUGUUCGACUGAUCAGCUUGAACGGGCUGUCGAUGUUGAUGUGAUCGUGGAACGAGACUGGUGGCAUGGGACCCAUGGGCUAUCGGUAUGGGGAUCGGUCCCGGGUCAGGUUGAGUGCCAAAUAGAUGAAGUGAGAAAUGCCGAUGAUUACCCCGGCAGAGCGGGGUAUGACCCGGGGCCGACCUUGCUGUCUGGGUCUCCCGGAUCGCGCGCUAUCUAUUGGCGCGCUGUUCGCCUGCGAACGAGCGAGUGUCUUGCCUCGCGGCAUUCUGCCUGUACCAUACAGCGGCGAUUGGUCGCUCCCUCUUCCGACGUCAUGUUAAUACUUACAAGUCAGAAGGAUCGCUCUGUGAUCGACCGUAUUGGAACGGCUUUACGAGUCGCUCAAGAAGGUGCAUUCAGUCCUACACUAACUGAAUCACCUGAACCACCAACAUCUCCCAGUCAUCUGAAGCGUGCCGCUGCAUCUACUCUUGAUUCGGCUACCAGUAACAAGAAAGUCCGUUUUGAAGCCGAAACCGAAGACGAUCUCUCGGAUUCCGACAGUAGCUCACUUCAAUGCGCUACCGAAGAGACUACCAGUACCGGAUCCGUAAGCCCUCGUGUUCAUCCGAUUGGUUCAGUUUGUCUCGAUGAUGUAUUCUGUUCGGUUCCUGGUCGUCUAUCACUUCUCAGCAGCACAUGUAAAUACAAAGUUACUCUGGCUGAGAUACAAAGGCGUCUUUCACCUCCAGAGAAUUUGAAUGCAUCAAUUCUUGGUGGGAUACUUCGACGAGCAAAAUCGAAAAAUGGUGGCAAAGAAUUACGAGACAUGCUAGAUAAAAUGGGUCUCAGCCUACCAGUCGGUCGCCGCAAAUCAGCUACUGUUACACUACUUACAUCUCUAGUUGAAGGUGAAGCCACACAUCUCGCCCGUGAUUUUGCCUUCAUCACUGAGACCGAGUUUCCAGCUGCCAGCCUCGCUGCUCGUGUCACCGAUCAGCAUCGUAUCAAUAAUGAAAACAUGCAGAGACGUAAAGAGUGUCUGUCGAAUGCUGUGCAGAUUCUCCAGGAAUUCGUGGAUGUACUGAGUCUGUCAUCGCUGGGCGACGUGGUGAGCCCCGAAUCAAUUCAGGCCGAUCUUCAACAUUUCAGUCUAUGCACCCAUGGAUUUGGUGCCCCGGCAAUGAUUGCAUCAAUACAAGCAUGUCUCAAAUAUGUAAAAGCGUCUGUAGAAAACCUUACUCCAGUAAAUACGGUUCCCGCUUUGGAUCCCGACGAGAUCGACUUGGCGGCUCUCUAUCAGAAAAUACAAAUGAAGGGUGUGGAUUCAAGUGUCAUAAGAAGUGUACUUAACACUCCAACAAUGUUUAAUAUAUCAAAUAUACCCAAGUAA